GCCCAGUGUGGUGUAAUAACGAGGUUGCUCCUUUACGUCAGUCAGCAACCGCUUAGGUCCGACAGCGAAUGCUGCGUCUUCCUACCGUGCGCAACGGUGGCUCAAUCUUCAGCGUUUCAGAGUUUACCAGGGACGCAACCAGUUGUUUCUACCGCCGUGGGCUUCAGUGGCGCGUCUUUAUUUCAAAACCUUCACAAAGGAUUUCUCAUCUAUAAAAAUAGGAAAAUUUAACAGUGAAAAGGAAAAACAUCUAGAUGGCUGGGACAUACUCCGUAAGCAUAUGUAGAUGAGUGCGUCGUGAUUUCUUACAGCUGGAUUGAAUCUGGAAAUGCCAACGAGUGCAUACCAAUAAAUAGAAACGUCAACGAUUUAACCAGUCAUGCGCUUGUCUCUAACAGGAGGGCCUCUGCUCCUCAUUCUCGUCAUCAGUGGGGUCGUGGCUGAGGAGGUCCUGCCUCCAACCAUCCAGAAGCUGAUGAAGGGCUACAACAAAUACCUCCGGCCCUUCUUUGGAGAUGGCCCCGUUACUGUAGGGAUGAGUCUGGACAUCGCCAGCAUUGACACCAUAUCAGAGAUCAACAUGGACUACACCGCCACCAUCUUCCUGCGGCAGCGCUGGACAGAUGAGCGUCUGGUCUUCGAGGGCAACAAGAGCCUCAGCCUGGACGGCCGGCUGGUGGAGCUGCUCUGGGUCCCUGACACCUUCAUCGUGGACUCCAAGAAGUCCUUCCUGCACGACAUCACCGUGGAGAACCGCCUCAUCCGCAUCUUUCCCAACGGAACCGUACUCUACGCCCUCCGGAUCACGACAACAGUGGCCUGCAACAUGGACCUGACCAAGUACCCCAUGGACAGACAGACCUGUACCCUGCAGCUGGAGAGCUGGGGCUACAAUGUGAAAGAUGUUGUGUUCUACUGGACCCGUGGGAACCAGUCUGUGAGCGGACUGGACACUCUGCAGCUGGCCCAGUACACCCUGGAGGACUACUACACCUCAGAGGCUGAGGCGGUUUAUGAGACUGGUAACUACCCCAAGCUGAUCUUUCACUUCCGUCUGAAGCGUAGCAUCCUCUACUUCAUCCUGGAGACAUAUGUGCCCUCCAGUGCUCUGGUGGUCCUCUCCUGGGUCUCCUUCUGGAUCAGCCAGUCCUCAGUGCCAGCACGUAUCUGUAUUGGUGUAACCACAGUGCUCACCAUGACGACGCUGAUGAUGGGCGCCCGCACCUCGCUGCCCAACGCCAACUGCUUCAUCAAGGCCAUCGACGUCUACCUGGGCAUCUGCUUCAGCUUCAUCUUCGGCGCGCUCAUCGAGUAUGCCGUGGCCCACUUCUGCACUUUACACCAGCCCAACGCUGCCCACGCCUACAUGUAUGGGCAGGAGAUGCAGGAGCGCGAGGACGAGAUGAACGGCAUUGUCACCUCCAUCGGUGGGAGCCACGCGUUGCGUUCACGCAAGCGCGAGGAGGUCCUCAGUCGCACGGGCAGCACCGGCAGUCCCACCCACAGCCUGCCCAAAGAUAGUGAGGUGGCGGGCAGCCCCAGCGCGGGCGGUGGCAUACCCUCCGACCAGCGGGGGCGCUGUGCGCGGACCAUGUCUAUGGCGGGGCGGGUGGCGCGCUUCCUUUACUGCUGCCGCGUGGAGAACCCGCACUACAUCGACAACUACUCACGCCUGUCCUUCCCACUCUCCUUCGUCUUCAUCAACCUGCUCUACUGGACCUACUACUUGUACUUUUGAAACAGGGGCGCGGGGACUGCAGCAGGGCUUGUGGUGCAGUUGUGUGUGUGUGUGUGUGUGUGUGUGUGUGUGUAUGUGUGUGUGUGUGUGUGUGUGUGUGUGUGUGUGUGUGUUGACAGGCGUUUGUGAGUUAUAUAUGUAUUCCAUCACUUUCUGUGUGUGAUUUAUUUUUUGACACAUUUCAUUAAGGCCAGGAGUACCAUAUGCUCGUGGUCUCAGUUAGGUACUGGUGUGUAUGGAUGCAGUGUGUACACCUGUUUUAGAUGAGGUUGUGGCAUGUGUCACCGAGUCAGUUGUGUUUAUGUGUGUAUGUGUGUGUAUGUUUGUGUGUGUGUGUGUGUGUCUGUGUUGGUGAUGGGAGAGUAUACCUCUAUACUGGGAUAAAGUGGCCUUUGUUUACCAGAGGAGCUUUACCAUUACAGAGAGAAACUAAACAGGAGCUCUACUCUGCAAUAAAUCCAUCAAUAUUACAUAGAAAGAGAGGAGAUGACAACAAAUAAACAGUGCUAUUCAUGGGCCUGCACUAGACUAAUGUAUUGGCUCUGAAUGUAGUCAUGAAUUUUACAACCAGACAGCAAUAUUCAAAAAUACACCCAAUCCGCAAUAAAUAAAAUCUGCAAUGCCAAACUAGGUUACUUCCAGUCCAAGUCCAAUAUAGACUUGGAGAUAGUUCUCGCGUCAUUAGAAGUUUUGAGGUCGUUUUGAGGUUGUUGUGCAUUUAGAUACUAUACUGGCAGCUGCCAAAUCAGGCAAUUCCAGGACCAAAGACAAAACUGAUUUCUUAUAUGGAUCAAACACAAAGUUUUAUUUUUUAACUUGGUUGGAUGACCAAAUUCAAAAAUAUAAUUGAGCUUGAGGUUUUCUUUGUAUAUUUAGCACUUACAGUAUCUAAAAAGUUGUGAUAUGGUUCGCUGGGCAGGCUUGCCUGAAUAGCUAUCUCUUUCUCUGUGUGCUUUUUAGUCAUGUCACACAGAGUUUUCUCUCUGUAAUUGAAGUCAGGCCGGUUAGAUACGCAAAUUGCAGACAGGAUGAGUUAAUCCUGUCCUUUUUUUCCAGGGAAUCAGUUUGUGUCCUUAAUCUAUUUACAACAAUGCAUGCCUAGAUAUCCCACCCUCUGUUAUAGUGUUGUAUUCCUUUAAAAUAAUCGUUGUUUGUCUUAUUGUUUUUGUCCAAUCAGAAAGCACUUUUUCAAGAGAAUUUUAAGACUAUUGUGUCACCAGACAUUUAGUGAGUUGAUGUGUUUUGCCUGCACGUGUUGUUUAUAUCCGGCUAGACUACACGUUUUCAUGGCCAUCCCUAAACAACCCACUUGGAACUGUUCAUAGCAAGUAUUCAUUUAUGGGUGAAGAACAUUUUUUGGAGGGCAGCUAACAUUCUCAUCGCAACAACUCAGAAUAUGUCCAUCAUAAUGGUCUUAAUUGUUCUCUUCUUUGUAUAUAAUUAGCUGUUCAAAAAUGUUACACUUCUCAGAAAGGUUGUACAUGUCACUGGCAUAUUAAUCCAGGGAAGAAGGUGUGCUUGCUAGUUUUUAUUUUUACCUCUUGAUAUGAUAUGCCAUCACUUUAUUUACUGUGAAUGUGCCACCGCUGACAGGUAUGCAAACAACAUAUUUAGGUGUUUUCAAGCUACGCUGUGUAGAUAAUUAUGGUCUUCCUACUGCACUGACAGGCCUCUGCCAUUUUCUGAUGUGUUAAUUUUAUGUUUUAGUUUAAUGCUAGAAAAACAGUGUGAAUACUUAAUGCAGUCGCUCCAUUCAGGUGGGGUUUUUGGAGACAUUUGCAAAAAUGAUGCUUUUGUAUAGUGCAUGGAGGUUUUGCUUUUUUGUUUUGUUUUGUUUUUUUGGAAAAAAAACAAAAAUAUUUUUUGAAUGGAAAUACAUAGAAUCAGGUACGUUUUUCAUGCAUGAGAAAACGAGAGUUGGUUUAGCUCACAAAGCACCUGCGAACUACAGCUGCACAAAUGCAAGAGUAGGACUUCAGCAUGGUACUUAUUAGAGAAUAGGCUGACUUCAAUUUACAGGGUAGCCUGGCCUCAAAAUAGAAUAACACUGGGCAUUUUGGAAGUAGAAGUUAGGAUAAUAGUGGAAGAGUGGAAUAAUUCCUGGUCUAAAUGGAUCGUUUCCAGUGAUAACCGAGAAGUCAUGUCGUUAUGAAUUCAGUUUUAACACACACGGCUCUCUGAGCAGUUCCUUCCUGUAAGAUAACUUUUCUCAUGUCAAAUGUCAUGUGACCUCAUUAUAUUAGGACAUUGUGGCCCUGCUCCUCUGGUUAUCUGACCAAAACACUCUUCUUCUUCUUCUUGGUUCUGCCAUUCAGACUUAAGAGGCGGAUUUCUUCUCUGACUCCUCUUGAUUGAUAAGAGGCACUGUUGAGACCUCCUGAGCCCUCUGGAGUACUGAUCCUGACAGACUGAGAUAAGAGAUGAGCUAUGGCAAACACUCCUUUAACCCAGCUGGAGUUCAGGCCGGUUCUUUGUUGUAUUUGGCUCAAUGCAGGCAUAAGAUCAGUCAAAUGGCGCAACUGCGGAUCAAGUCAGUUAACCUCCCAUUGAUUGCAUUCCUCCACUCAAUUUUUCAUUGAACUUUUCUGUCUCUGUCCUGGCACACCACUGCAGACCUACAGUUGUCACGCUGUUGUAAGAGCUGUAAGAAGGCACUUUCACUGGAUGGUGUAGAGGCGGUUGAGGUGUAGGUGAAGUAUUGUGUCCACCUACCUAGUCCUUUCAUCUGUGACACAUAGAAAGAUAGGUAUUUGCUCUGAAUUAGGUGCCAAUGCUUUGACAGUCUUCCCAUGUAACUUUUAAAGCAACUGCUGAUUGGCAGGAGGACCAAUAUGGACAAAUCUCAUCGAAUGAUUUCCCCAGCCAGCUCUUUCUGAGAUUAGUGUUCUCAUUAGACAAAUUAAGGAGGAAAGAUGAAGUGAGAGGUGGGUCCGUUUUCUUUUGAUGUAUUUCUCCUCACUCCACACACUCACAGAUAGAGAGAACACAAACCAGGGUUGCAGCCUGAGCUUUUUGUGAUGCAAUUUAUUGCAGCCUAGUUCGAUGCUUGGUCAAGGCUGGUCAGUGCCAAAUACUAUGCCAAAGAAAUAGUGUCUCCACAGUCCUCCUCUCCUCCAUCUCCCUCUGUGUACUCAUAAAUAGCCCACUUCCAUUACAUCCUAUAACUGGACCUAUCAAAUACAGCCCCUGGCUAAAUGUUGCUGUAAAACCACCAAUGCUAAUAGUCAGCACUUAAAUACUCUUGACAAUCAGUCAUCAGUCGGUCAUGUUGGCGGUUAAUGCAACAAGAGUGAAACACUCUGUGUUCUCCUCUGAAGUGUUUAACUGAACACCAUUAACACUGGGAAUAUACAAUCUGGCCACACGGCUUCAGAGCACGAGGGAUUGCGUACUGUAUGUAUGUCGAAUGUAUAUGCUUACAUUAUGAAUAAGAGGAGAUAUGAGGCAGAUUCAGAUCCAGGCACAGGAGACCCACCUCCACAGGCGGUCAGGGCCUCAUGUGGAUAAGAGUCCCUGCUGAUCAGGUCUGAAUGUAAAGAAACAUCUCAGUGGGGCGGCCUACGUAAACCAGAAACCAGGAAGCUUGGGGUUGUAAAGGAGCCCAGCCAGUGUGUUUGGAAAUGCUACAGAUAUGAUUUAUUUGCUUUUGUGGUUUCACUAUGUACUAUUUCUGAUGUGGUUUUGGUUUGAAGAACAUUAUUUUUUCUCUCUUACGAUCCCACCUCUUAGCAAUGAUAGCCAGCAAACUUAUAUCAAACAAUAUCAGUGAACACUAUAUUUUUAAGGACAAUGUUUUCUAUUUUCUUGUAGGAAACAAGAGCUCUUUUAGAAGACAA